AUGACUGAUCUGGAGAAUUCACUGGCCACCAUCAUGGAGGUGUUCCAUAAGUACGCAGAGAAAGAAGGGGACAAGCACAAACUGAAGAAAAGUGAACUAAAAGACUUGAUCAAUGAGGAACUACCAGCCCUUACAGGGGUAAGUAUAUCACUAUCAUAUUUCACUACAAUAUUUCAUACUUUAUUGUUUCAACUGAAAAUUCUGUUUGAAUCCAGGCUAUGGUUACAGCGUAAUGUACAUUUAUCAAUAAGUCAUGAAUAAUUCUACAGACUUUGGGGUUGCACUAAUGUUGCACUAAGCUCAUGAGGCAUUUAAACAUUAUUAUUCUAGAAUCAAUGGGUGAAAUAACCAUAAACCAGCCAUAAAUAUUGCAGAAUGCACCUUUAGUCAAUCAAAUAUGACCAUAUCUAUCUCUUGUUUUUGCCCUCAGCAAGUGAAGGACCAGGCCACUAUGGACAGUUUGAUGGAGAGCCUGGACACGGACGGAGACUCGGAAUUGGACUUCCAAGAGUUCAUGACAUUUAUCACCAUGGUAACUGUCUGUUGCCAUGAUUUCUGCGAGCACCAUGAGGACGAGUAG